CAGCUGGGCCCAAUCGUCGGAUCCGCCAUGCUUUUGGUCGCUACCGCGAUCUUUCUCUACUACACGACCUGGACUCUGUUGAUGCCGUUCGUUGACCCGGGCCACCCUCUCCACGACCUCUUCCCUCCCCGUGUCUGGGCCAUCCGCAUCCCCGUGUUCCUCACCCUCCUGGGCUCCGCCGUGGUCGGCACGUUCAUAGGAAUUGUGAUGAUUAACAGCAACAAGAAGAAGGCCGCCAAGGCCAAGGCUGCGGCGAAGAAGAAGACUUGA